AUGAAUUGUUAUAAAUGCUUCUUUGCUAUUGCUAAAUUUAAUCACCAUAAAGAUUACUAUGCUAUACUCAAUAUAUCCUAAACAAAUGAUUAAAAUACUAUAAAGAAGGCUUAUUAUGCUUUGGCAAAGAAAUUUCAUCCAGAUCUUAAUUAAGGAAGAGAAGAAAAGUUUAAGGAAGUCAAUGAAGCUUAUGAAGUUAUAAUUUUGAAUACUUCUAUAGAUACUUUCAGAUGAAAAUACUAAAAGAGAUUAUGAUAAUAUGAGAAAUCUUGGAUCAAAUUAAUAAAGUUAUUAACAUUCUGAGUAAUAUUAAGAUCCUCGUAGAAAUUACGCUAAUCAAUAAUAAUAAUCAUAUCGUACUAAUUAAAAUUAUAGGUAUAUGAAAAUAAUAAUAAAGUUAAAAAUGGAAUACAAGAACAGCAUAUGAAUAAGCCUUUAAAUAAGCUUCUUAAAAUUUUUACUAUUAGCAAUAAUAAUAAUAAUAAUAUUAAUAAAAGGGUCAUAGAAAUAAUUAUGAAGAAGAAAUGAGGAGAAGGGAAGAAGCUUUAAAUUAAUUUGCAUAGGAAGCUUUAUUAAGGAAAUAACGAGAACACUAAGCAAGACAAUAAUAUUAUGAAUAAGAAAAGAGAAAAAAUUAAUAUUAUAAUGAAAGGGAAAGAGAGGCAUAUGAAGAUUAUUUAAGAUAAAGAGAAUAUGAAUAAUAUUAAAGAGAAAAAUUUGUAUUAAAUAUCAUUUAAUAUUUUUUAGGAAGAAUAUUAAAAUAAAGCCAAAAAUUUUGAAGAUAGUGUUGAAAAUAUUCAAAAAAAUUGGAAUUAAAUUAAAUCAAAUGUAAGUUCCUUAUGGAAUUCUAUUAAAGGAAAGAAAGAAUGA